AUGCCCAAGAUCCUAGCGCGCGACCCAGCGUGGCUGUCCUCGAAAUUGUUCAAGGCUGAGGAAGAAUCAAGAUCAAGGCAGAUUCAGGACGUCGUAUAUGAUGGACCGCUGCGGAAGAUUGUGCAUCGAGGCUCGGAGGUUAUUGUUGCAGUGGGCAAUGAGCUGCGCUGGAGCGGUUUGGGCGAUUUGAAGGUCGCUGGUGAAGAGGCCGACAGGAGGUAUCGCGGCGGGAACGAGCAAGAGGAGGGUGAGAAGACGUACAAAAUCCUUAAAACACCCGUAGCCCGCCCAAUCACCCAACUCUGCCUCUCCCCAGCUGGCGACUACCUGGCCGUUCUCACCUCGCACACGAUACACAUCUGCGUCUUGCCGACUUACUCGUCCCUACAAUCUGAGGAUAACUCACCGCUCCGCCUCCGAGCCUUCCAGCUCGGCCCUACAGCGCACGUUCUCGAGCAAUCACCGCUUGUAUGCGCGCUCUGGCACCCCCUGGCAGCCAACGGCGAAUGUCUCGUCACUGUCACUCAAGAUGCGUGCAUUCGCCUCUGGGAGCUCGAUACCUCCAGUCGCUCGACUUUCUUCGAGCCGACGGUUGCCAUCGAUCUCAAGAAGCUGGCCAAUGCGACUUCGAACCAAGCAGAUUUCAGCACGAGCAAGUAUGGCACCAACAAGGGUUUCUCGCCGGAUGAUGUCGAGAUGGUUGUUGCAGCGGCUUGCUUUGGUGGGCAGGGGUUGCCUGACGAGCAUGGCUGGGCUAGCAUGACACUCUGGGUUGCCAUGACUGAGGGAGAUGUGUAUGCGCUGUGCCCGCUUUUGCCUGCUAGGUGGAGGGCUACGGAGACGAUGCUGCCGAGUCUGAGCACGAGUGUGAUGGAAAAGGUGCGGGCGACGACGAGGGAUGCGGACAUUUCAGAGGGCGAGAAAAGAGUUGUGGAGCAGCAGCGGAAGUGGCUGGCGGAUGUCGAUGCGCAGGAUCCGCUGCUGAUACCUUCUCACUUUGAAGGCUGGCGCGAGACUGCGGAGGUCUAUAAUCGACCUACUGGACUGAGUGCUGUGCCAAAGCUGCAAGGACCAUUCCAGCUGGCGCCAGAGCCGGACUUCGGAGAGAUCACGGACAUUCAUGUCAUUGCGCCCAAGGUGGACAGCGACGCACUAUAUGCCGGCGAUGGGGAGGACGAUGUUGAUGCAGACGAAGGGCUGAGCGUGGGAAUUGUCUGUCUGGCAACGAGCACCAACGAGAUCCAUGUCUGUCUGGACCUUGAAGGUGUGGAGGCAGAAUGGCUGCCCACAAAACGCUCAAGAGCCUAUGCGCUGGACGAAGUCGAGGAUGCCAGGGAGCUUCUGCUUUUCGAGACCAUCGACCUCGCGCAACAGGGCGACGACCACGAAGACAACGGGUUCCCGACCUUCACUAUCUCGCCCGUCGAUCGAUAUCAGCUGUUCGUCACCCAUCCCACUGGAGUCAGCGGCCUAGAUUUCGGACCAUGGGUCGGUAUGCUCGAGGAUGAAUUGUCCAGCCCCUCGGACAGCGGCGCAGGCUUCCGACUUGACAUCGUGCUGGACUCAACACACACCCUCGUCGACCAGCCAAUCUACAUCCCGACGUCUUCGGAUUCUAACAACAGCAGCGCCAUCAACACAGCCAUCUCUCUUUCCUCUCCCGCCCUCAGCGGCCUCUUCCUCCUCACCCUCGCCAACCAAACCCCCUACUCCGCCAUCCUCGACAUCCUCCAACCCAACCAAAACCCCUUCGAACCGGACUCCCCCUCCGCUCCUCUCGCCGCCCCAAGCCCCCGCGCCCCCUACCGCCCACCCCAAGACUUCGACACCCUCUCCUCCUUACCCCAACUCAUCAAAUCCGCCACAGACUCCUCCCGCCUCGGCUCUGGAGGCCUAGCUGCGCCGCUGAAAGUGAGUCCAGCGACCGUCCAGCUCAUGACAGACGCCCAUCGCGUUCUGAGCAACGAGACCCACCGCCUCGGCAUCGCAGCCGCCGACCUCUUCCGCCGCUGCGAGCGCAUGCGCGCGGAGUUGCGCGAGCAAGUGCGGAAAGUUGCCGAAGUCGCUGCAAGGGUCGACGCUGUCACUGGAGCCGACGAAGUCGAGCCUCCCUCCGAGAACGAUGAGCGAGACGCCGACGAUGAAGAGCGCGAUCCCCUCAACGGCGCCGAGCGCAUCGAACUCCGCAUCCUCACCGCCCAAGACAAAACCCGUCAACUCAACUCCCGCGCCGACGCUAUACGCAAGAAGAUGUCCCGUCUCGCCGGCCAAGGACUAAGCGAGCGCGAGCGAGCCUGGGAGAAGGAAGUCGCGAGGGUGGAAGGGAGUCUUUUCGCUCCUCACCCUACUUCUCGUGACGGAAGCGAUGUCGUCGCUAACGGCGAUCGCGACGAGGAGGGGAAAGGGAGCACGCUGGCGGGACGGGUUGAGGCUGUGACGCAGAUGCAGGCCCGUCUUGUUCGAGAGGCUGACGAGGCUUCCUCGGCGACCGAGGCGAGAGGGCAGGGGGGGAGUGGGGACGCGAGGGGAGGUGAUGGUGGUGGUGCGGGGACGGGGACAGGGGUGGGAGGGGAGUACAGACGGCAGAAAUUACAGCAGGUUAUGGCGUUGUUGGAGCGGGAGAGUGCGUUGGUUGAGGGGGUGCAGGAGAGGUUGAGGAGGUUGGAGAGGGGGUGA